UGGCUUCUACCCAAGAAGGGUACAGAGUUCAGCAAUACAGAAUUUCAGUCUGUGGAUGAGACCUCUGAGCAUUUAAGUAAACACAGCCUUCAGUUUUUCCAGAAAAUACGUUUUUCCCCAGAUACCUGUACAUACAAAUUCCAGCAGAACCUGCUCUCCCCCUCCUCUCCCACCACCAGGGUUGUGGUAAAUUAAGAGUUAAAUUGCUGCUGUAAAGCAAUUUAAUCUGUGUUGGGCAGAGGCUGAAACUGAGUCAUGUGUGCAUAUUUGGAUACGUCACACCCUCUUGCUAGUAGACAAAGAACAAACUAGAUCCUCACCAUAAAUCUCAUGCCUACAGGAUGCUUCUGGACAACAGAUCAAUUACUCUUUAGGCCCUUACAGAAGGAAGAAUAUCCUCUCAAAAAUACCUUGAGAUGAACUAAAACAGCAAUACUUUUUUUUUUUUUUUUUUUUUUUUUUUUUAAUUAUACACAUAUCCGGAUUUAGCUACUACGAUGAAGAUACUGGCUUUCGCUGGACUUCUCUCUCUUACCUCAAGUCUUUUUACUACAGCUUUAGAUUCUUCACUGAAUGGCUCCGCGAUUAAAACCGUGUCUCUUAUCAAGACUUUCCGUGGAAUUUCAGCAAGAGACUAUGAUUACAUCCCCCCUCAUGCUAUAGAAGGGGAAACAAGGACCAUCCAUAUCAAGGAAAACAAAAGCUCUUCAAAAAAGUCCAAUGACUCCACUUUAACAGAAGUGAACAACACCACGUUGGCGUACCUGACAAGUUCUCUGAGCACCAAGCUGAUACCCACUGUCUACCUCAGUGCUGUUUUAUUGGGUGUACCAUCUAAUGCCAUCAUCUUGUGGAUGCUGAUCUUCAGGAUCCGGUCUGUGUGCACUGCCAUCCUCUACACAAACUUGGCUAUUUCGGAUCUGCUCUUCUGCAUCAUGCUGCCAUUCAAGAUAGCUUACCACAUCAAUGGGAACAACUGGAUUUUUGGAGAAAUGAUGUGCCGAACCACAACUGUGGUGUUUUAUGGCAACAUGUACUGCUCUAUUUUGCUGCUCACAUGCAUCAGUGUCAGUCGCUAUGUGGCCAUCGUUCACCCUUUCACCUACAAGAGCCUGCCAAAACGUACUUAUGCCACCACAGUCUGUGCUACUGUGUGGACCAUCGUUUUCUUGUACAUGCUCCCACUUUGCAUAAUGCAGCAGAGCUAUUAUGUGAAACAACUGGGAAUUUAUACGUGCCAUGAUGUGCACAAUGCCUGUGAAACUAUAUCUUCCUUCCAGUUUUACUACUAUGCUUCUUUAGCUAUCUUUGGAUUUUUAAUACCUCUUGCAAUCAUAAUUUUCUGCUAUGUCUCAAUCAUACGAACACUCAAAACACAUGAAUGGUUCUGGUAUGUUAAAGUCAGUCUUCUGAUCCUUGCCAUCUUUACUAUUUGCUUUGUACCAAGCAAUAUUAUUCUAAUUAUCCAUCAUAUCAAUUAUUACUAUUAUAACACAGAUGAGUUGUAUUCUUUUUAUCUAAUUGCUUUAUGUCUUAGCAGCUUAAACAGUUGUCUUGAUCCUUUUCUUUAUUUUCUGAUGUCCAAAAUCAGAAGUCAAUCCAAUAUUUACCUAACUAUGGUUAAAAUAUCCAGGGAAGCAUGAAUUUGUUUCUAUAUUUUUGGAAUUAUGAUUUUGUAUAGUACUAACCCAGGUAGCAAUAAACCUCAGAUGUAACAAUUAAACCUAAAAAAAAAAAAAUUAAGGAUGAUAAACAAACCAUGACCUCAGUAAAAUUUACUUCUUUCCAAACACCACACAAAGAAGCAUUUUCAGAAAUACUCUUCUCCAACUCUGAUUUUAUCAUGUGCGUUACAAUGUCUGGUGUACCAAGAUUCAAGGAAGUGGCUGAGCAUCUCCAUUUUCUUCUGAGAAGAUCACUUUCACGACCAUGAAGAAGAAACUAGAGUAACAGUCACCACAGCCUCUGAACAGAAGAAGAAUCCAUAUCUGAACAGCACUUUUAGGUCCAUUCAUUACUUCCAAAGACUUCAUAUGAUCUCUGUGCUCACAUUCACUGCAGGAACAGUGAAGUGAACAUGAUGUUUUCGUCUGGUGGGAACAUGGACAAGUAAAAGCACUUUCUAGGUGUUCAGGGGCUAUAGAACUCUGCAGAAGCUCCCUGUCACACAACCAAGAGCAAAUCUGCACUGGAUGUUAAAAAUAAGGAGCUGGAAUCCCAUUCAGUUGGAAGAGCAAUGAAACUACAGCUACAGACAAGGAACCUGACACACUUCCAAGAAAGCAUCUCCUCUGAGGCUGCUCAACCAGCUUUGCUCUGGAGACUUGUUCUUCCACUGUGUCAGCACCUGUACUCCUAUAAUCCACAAGGACAGCUGGAAGCUAACCCUUAUCAGUGUGAAUCCAGGCAAGUUUUAUUCUUGCUUGGUAAGCAAGACAGGGAAGUUAUAUUGUAGUAUUUUGUAUAUUUCCACAUCCUCACAGGAAAUACUUAGUGUUACAAAUCCUUAAGGAAGUUAUGAUUAAUUGUCCACAUUAAUAAAGCAAAUAAUUAACUUGACAUUUACAGAAACUCAAGAUCUUCCUAUACUGAGUACAAGUUCCUAUAAACAAGCUCAGUUGUUGGUGUACAUGUUUGGAACUGAACCAUGUAAGACAGUGAUGAGAAAAAAAAGUGUUUUACAACUGAUAAUAGUAUUGUAAGAAACUUUACUCAAAAAUAAAAUCAUUUGCAGGGGAAAAUAGAAAUUGACUCCAA